AUGACUUUGACGGGCACUUCUGUUUGCGGCGACGAUUCGAAAGACGUUCUGCAGGGUGUUGUGUACACAUUGCUGGAUGUCUUUGAUGCCACCCGGGAUUUAUACCAGACAUUGACGAACAAAGACAAGAGGGACCAUGAGCUUAAGCUCCGAUCGAAGGGGUAUCCUGUUUCGAGGAAGCUGGAGUUUAUUGAUGACGCGGAGAUCAACGGCAAUCGAGCCAUCUUGACGGACAAGCUUGCUCUGUUGCGAAAAUACGAGGACGGCCUUCGCGAUUUUGGAUCCGAUUUUGCUGUCGGGGAUGCAUUGUCGCAUGUUUCCCUCCAGUCUCAGGUGAUCAAACUUCAGGGCGUGCUACUCACCACCUUCCUUUAUGGUCCAACGUCCGACGAGCCAAUACAGCAGCAGCUAUCAAGGAUCGAUGCGGCAUCACACGAUGCGGCAACGACAGCAGUAGAUAUCCUGGACGCGUUCCAGCAUCGUCUACAAGCUGAGCUUCGAGCCAGUAACGCCUCGAGAUCUCGUAGAGGCUCCUUGCGUGCGCCGUCUAUGCCGGGGUCGUUCCAUCAAGAUGAGCCAUCGACAACCCUCGUGACUUACCGGGAGCCGCCGCGAGUCCGACCAGGCAGCCCAGUGAACACAACGAUUUUUACCAGAGGCGGACCUGAGCCAACCGAGUCUGACAGGAGGUCCUUGACAUUAUACAGCGCACCCACAACCACUAAUUCGCUGUUCUGUCCGUACGCGCAAGAUCUCGAGCGACACCGCUCCCAGCAGCUAAGCCAAAGCAUUAUGGACGCCCCCACGCCAUCGUGUCCAGACUGCCGACGCACCCUGCACCUAUCCCCGGGAAAGGCGUGGGAGAUACUAAAGAACGACACCGGCUACGAGCGGUGUUUCCAGAUCUCCAACCGCUUCGUGGUCAAAUGCCACCGCAGCGGCCCUGACGCCGGCUACGCGUGUAUCCUGUGUUCGCGCGCGGCCGACGACGUGACGAUCUGUGGUGACGUCAAAGCGCUCGUGAAGCACAUGUGCGAGGACCACAAGUCAUCUGAGCUCAAGGCCGAAGAGGAUAUCACGGAGGUCGUGGAGCUGGCUCUGGGAGAGCGGCGAAGAGAUAGUGGACUUAGUCACUCCACAUCGCGUAGUAGUAGGAGGAGUGCUAGCGUGUCCUCGCGCCGGCGCGGCAGCAGGCCGUAUGUGAAUGAGCGCGAGGUGGAGGCGAUAGAAGUUAGAUUGCCGAGACGAGGUGCAUGA